AUGCAGCGCAUCCUUCUCUUCUCCUCCUCCUCCUUCUUCUUCUUCUCCCUCGCCCUCUUCCUCUCCGUGAACCAGGUAUCCGCCACCAGCCAUCCACCCACCUGCGCUAGUACCACCAACGUUAAGGACGCCUGCAAGCUCGUCGCCGACAAGUAUCCCGCAGUCGGCUACGACUUCUGCGUCAAAACCCUCAAGAAGUCCCCCUCGGGAGACCUCCACGACCUCGCCUUGGUCGCCACGCGGACCGCCAUAGCCCACGCCGCCAGUGCCGAGUCCGAGAUCGAGGAGCUCAUUAACCUGGAAACAGAGUCCGCCGCCAAGAGCAGCUUCGACAAGUGCCUGGACGCGUACGCCGACGCCGUUGAGCGCAUGCGGAACGCGGUGGACAACAUCGCCGCCCGUGUGUACAAGAAGGCGGAGCAGCAGCUCGGGGACGCCACCGCUGCCGCGAAGAAGUGCAAGGCGGCGUUCACGGACGGCAACAACAAGGGAGCGCUGCCGGCGCCGGCGGGCAGUGACUAUCUCAAAUUGGCAAACAUGGCCAGGGCCAUCGUCGUGUCCUUGGAGUGA